AUGCAGUCAAGUUUGGGAAAGGCUCUAAGGCUUGUGGCUAAGCCCAACGGAUCUAACAACCAUUGUGUUGUCGCCCUUCAGGUUACAGCUGUUGAGUUCCUUGGACAUGUUGGAGGUAUGGGUAUUGAUGCUGACGUGAGCAAAUCCUUCCAGAGAAUUAUGGCGAAACAGGGACUUAAAUUCAAGCUAAAUACAAAGGUUACAGGAGCUGUGAAGGAAGGAGGUAAGGUGAAGGUGAGUGUAGAAGGAGUAAAGGAUGGGAAGGUAGAGGAGAUGGAAGCAGAUGUUCUCCUGGUGUGUGUUGGAAGACGACCUUAUACUCAUAAUCUUGGACUAGAGGAACUAGGGAUAGAGAGGGAUAACAGAGGACGUGUUCCUGCUGCCCAGCUGGGCAUGAAAACUGUGUGUGUUGAGAAGAAUGCCACCCUUGGAGGAACUUGUCUCAAUGUUGGAUGUAUUCCAUCAAAGGCCCUGUUGAAUAACUCCCACUACUACCACAUGGCCAAAUCUGGGGACUUGGCUAAGCGCGGGAUCGAGGUGUCUGAUGUCAACCUCAACCUUGAGACCAUGAUGGGGGAGAAGAGCAAAGCUGUUGGUCAACUGACCGGAGGGAUUGCCAUGUUGUUUAAGGGAAACAAGGUUGGACACCUCCAGGGACACGGCAAGAUCACAGGACCCAACCAGGUUUCUGUUCUGAACGACGACGGAUCUGUUAAAGAGGUUGUUAACACUAAAAAUAUUAUGAUCGCAACAGGAUCCGAGGUUACACCUUUCCCUGGAAUAGAGAUCGAUGAGGAGACCAUUGUAUCCUCCACCGGAGCACUCAGCCUUAAGAAGGUUCCUGAGAAGAUGAUAAUUAUUGGUGCUGGAGUUAUUGGAGUAGAACUUGGAUCUGUCUGGAGUAGACUAGGAACUCAGAGGUUUCAAACAGUACUCCCAAACAUUUUCGCAAUCGGUGAUUGUAUUCAGGGACCUAUGCUUGCACACAAGGCUGAAGAUGAAGGUAUUCUGUGUGCAGAAGGAAUGGUGGGAGGAGCAGUACAUAUAGAUUACAACUGUGUUCCCUCCGUAAUCUACACUCACCCUGAGGUUGCUUGGGUAGGUAAAACUGAAGAAGAUCUGAAAAGUGAAGGAGUUGAAUUCACUGUUGGAAAAUUCCCCUUUGCUGCCAACAGCAGAGCUAAAUGCAACAAUGAAACUGAUGGGUUCGUGAAGGUUUUAGGAGAUAAGAAAACAGAUCGUCUAUUAGGAGCUCAUAUUAUUGGUCCUGGAGCAGGGGAGAUGAUUAACGAGGCUGCCCUAGCAAUGGAGUAUGGAGCAAGCUGCGAAGAUAUUGCCAGAGUGUGCCACGCCCAUCCUACCUGCUCAGAGGCGUUCCGUGAGGCCAACCUGGCCGCCUGGUCCGGCAAAGCCAUUAACUCGAUGUAAACCAUGAAUGUUUCUUUAACACAAAUGUGAUCUUCUACCCCUCAACCAGUCAAUUCACAGUCAACACAUUUGCUUGAAUCUAAUCUGUAUAAUUAUAUAAAUAUCUAGGACGAAUUUAUUUCAGCACCACGUAGAGUUUUCCCACAAAAUUAACAGGACACAGAGGUCUAAUGAUUAAAACAGUUUCGUCUUGGUUAAUAUUUAUCAUUAAAAGGACUGUAUAUAUAAUUUCAAGCGAUUUUUCAUUUCAAAAGCGGCAUGCCCGAUUCACAACAGUAGCCUUCAAAUAUAAUUCUGAGAACUUUUAUAAAAUCUACCUUGAAAUUACGUGUCCAGCCCCGUUAAGACCUGCUGGUGAACUGCUGUGUGUAUUCUAGUUCACAAUAUUGUAGAAUCUGGUGAGACGAGUAUUCAAUAUUUUAACGUCUAAUCAUUUCUUUCAGA